AUGGUCAACCAUGUCUCAAACUUGACCAAUUAUCUCAAUCUGAGUGGUCUCUUCGUACAUAUCUCUACCUUGUACAUGGAUAGAUUCUUCAGCAAGAUGCCGGUUUCUGAGACAAGUUGGCGCAUCUACGCUUCAGCUUGCCUUCUCCUUGCAAUGAAAAUGGAAGGUCCUGCGACCGCUGGUACCCCUACCGAUCUCGUUGAAUUCAUGGUCGACGAGUAUGAAUUGACCAUCGAGCAUGUCAAGAUCGCCGAGUUACAAAUUUUGAAAGUGUUGGAAUGGAGCCUUACCUCACCAACGAUGUUGCAUUUCAUGGACGUGUAUAAGGUUGGAGGAAUUUACUUUUCCGACGACCUCAAAAUGACCAAAGGUGUCCCAACGCACCUUGACAAUCAGGACAGAAUUUGCGUGUGGGAGUACGUUAGCUUUUUCUGUGAUCUAGCAAUCCAGAAGCAAGAAUUCAUGUCCUGCAAGAAUUCACUCAAGACGGCGGCAGCAAUUGCGGCUUCCCGAGCUUGCUUGAAUGUUACGCCUCUUUGGAAUGAAAGAUUGGCGAGAAUGACUCACUAUAACAUGUCGGAAAUCUUUGAGUGCUUCUAUAGACUUCUUCAAAUCUUCCGCGAGCAGUACCCUAAUAAUUUUCCUGUUGGAAUAUCUUCGCUCUUGGAGGAUUUUGGCAUGCCGCUUUGA